AUGCACGUUGCCAUCAUCAUCGCCCCCACCCAAUUCCAACAUAACAUAACCUGUCAGAAACGUCGUAAGCCUUCAGGUGACCCUCUAAUGGACCACGCAAGUUCAAGCGCACGGAUGACUACAACCGCACGGAUGACUACAACCAGCACGGGAACCCUCACUCCCCGCGAACAGGGUAGUAGAUUGUUCGAUGAAAGGCAUACGAGCGAGCGUGAGCCCAUACGAGAAUGCAGGCAGAUACGACUGAUGAUCCACCCCGCCAUGAACAACGGCGAUACGCCGCUGCUUGCUCUUGUAACGGGAGCGACGGCGAAUGGCAGAAUUUCUGCAUGCGAGGAUGCUGAGACACCAUCAGCGUAA